UUACCUUCGCUCCCCGCCCCGGCCCGGCGUGCGGCGGGGGGCGGCGCUGCGCCCGCCCGGCCCCCUCCUUCCCUCCCCGGCGCUCUCGGCGCGGCCGGGCCGGGGGAUUUGCUAAGCCGGGUAAGGAGGCGGCGGGCAGGCGGCUGCCCUGGGCGAUCCGCGGCGGGCAGGGAGCCGGGCGGAGGAGAGGCGGCGGCGGCGGCGGCGCGGAUCCGGGCCCGGCAAGGACGCCCCAAGGGCACCCGCCGUCCCCGGGGAAAGGAGAGCCAUGGCCACUUCCAAACCCCUGUCCCGCUUCUGGGAGUGGGGCAGGAACAUCGUCUGCGUGGGGCGCAACUACGCCGAGCACGCCAAGGAGAUGGGGAGCACGCCGCCCCGGGAGCCCCUCUUCUUCCUCAAGCCUUCCUCGGCCUACGUGCGCGAAGGCUCGCCCGUGUUGCGGCCCUACUACUGCAACAACCUGCACCACGAAGUGGAGCUGGGGGUGGUGAUCGGGAAGAGAGCCCAGGCCGUGUCCCAGGAGGCCGCCAUGGAGCACGUGGCGGGUUACGCCCUGUGCUUGGACAUGACGGCCAGGGACACCCAGGAGGAGUGCAAAAAGAAGGGUCUGCCCUGGACCUUGGCCAAGGGCUUCCGUUCGUCGUGCCCGGUCAGUGACUUCGUGCCCAAGGAGAAGAUCCCAGACCCUCACAAGCUGAAGAUCUGGCUCAAGGUGAACGGAAAGCUGAGGCAAGAGGGGGAGACCUCCGCCAUGAUCUUCUCCAUCCCUUAUCUCAUCAGCUACAUCAGCGAAAUAUUCACCUUGGAAGAAGGGGACUUGAUCCUGACAGGGUCUCCCGAAGGAGUUGGGCCAGUGCAGGCAAACGACGAGAUAGAGGCAGGGAUAAGCGACGUCCUCUCCAUGCGGUUUAAGGUGGCGCAGCAAACGCGUGGAUCCUAGCGGGGAACACGGGAUCCUGUCUGGAUCUCGUCUGCGUGGGACGAGGCUCUUUUGGGAACAUCUGGUGAAAGAAGAGACACACAAACUGUCCUGUCUGUUAAACACUUACAGGGCCCAAGCGUCUAAUGGACUGUCACGCAUCAAAGACAGGCAUGCCGUGACCUUGAAAGGCAUUUGACUAAAACAGCCCCGUUUCCGCGGAGGCUUCAGCCUCCUCUGAGGCUGUGAACCUGGAGGCCAGCCCAGCUUGGGCAGGGGGCUGAUACCCGAACUGUACCUUGGAACUGUCGAUGGAGACUGUGUGCCGGGGCGGCUGGCACGGCGCGCGCUCUUCUGUCCUGCUGACGCUGAGAGCUUUGCCAGUGUAUUGCCUUGAAAUAAAGAUUAUAAAUUAAACCAUUAAAAUGGUGAUAGAGGAGCUAAAGCUCGCCCAGGCUAUGUAAAAUCAAAGAUGUAUGUGUAACGGUAAAUCAAGAAUUACAGCUUCAGAAAGCAUUUCUCUCCUUGGGGUAUUCUACGAUAAAAAGAUGUUUGCUUUGUCGAUGAGUUUCAUGAUUCCUCUGUGCAUUUUUCAAACGUACAAAUUACAUAAGGAUUGCUUUCCCUCCCGCUCCGAGGGGCGUAAGGCAGCAGGAAGCGUGCCAGAUGCUUGGCAGAUUUUUUUUCCUAAACGGAGCUUUAAAUGCACUUCUAAAAGUAAAAUAAUACAAAAAGAUCAAUAAAGAGGCUCAUUGGUAAGGAUCA